AGUUUUGCGCAAGCUUCCCGGCCUCGGCCGGUGAGCGGCUCCUUCCCCCCGUUUUCGCCGAAACCGCGGUGACCAGGAGGUGCGGACCCCAAGCGAUGGAGGCCCUGGAAGCUGUCGGCAAAGACACACUGGGUGCAGUCAACGACAAGGGAUUCGUCCCCGACGAGGUGCGCAACAACUUCUUCAGGAAGUUGCGCAUGAAGAGCGAGAACCGAUCCUGCUUCGAAUGUCCGAACAGGAACCCCACCUGGAUCUCGCUCACCUACGGCAUCUACCUGUGCCUUGAGUGCUCAGGCGAGCAUCGGCGGAAGGGGGUGCACAUCUCUUUUGUCCGGAGCGUGGAGCUGGACAGCUUCGCUCCGGAGCAGAUGGUGCAGAUGGCAGCUGGUGGCAAUGGCAAGGCCCUGGAGUUCUUCAAGAGCAACGAGAUGGGGAAGCUCUCGAGCUCCGGUCGGCCGGUAGACUACACCUCCAAGAUCGCCCAGAGGUACAAGGCGCAGCUGGACGUCGAGGUGAAGAGGCUCUGCGAUCGCUUCGGCGUGGCCGGCAAGGCCGCGGACCGGGCCCAGGCCAAGCCAGUGGAGGAGGUGAAGCCCGAGGCGACACCUCUGGACCUCACCCCCCCGAUCGCCAAGGCACCCGCUGGCUACCCUGAGCAGGUUGCCCCGGUGCGAGGCGCCUCCGCGCCAGCUGCGGUCCCGAGCAAACCCUCGGUGCCUUCCAGCCACGUGGUGCGCAAGAUGGAGAUGAGCCCCGCCGCCCCGAAGCCGGCAGGCUUCGCUCCGGGGGGGAAGCAGAUGGCGAAGGAGAUCGACUUCGACUUCGACUUCGACGACCUGGAGACCGAGGCCGCCAAGCCCAAGCCGAAGCCUGCGCCGAAGCCGGACCCGAAGCCGGCCCCGGCGGCGCCGGCGCCGCAAGAGGUCUUCCGCGCGCAGUCCGACCCCAACUCGGUGAACAAGUUCGCCAACAAGAAGGGCAUCUCUUCCUCCGACUUCUUCAAUGAGAUGGAGCCAGAGUCAGCCCAGCAGAGGAUGGACCGGGAAAGCAGGUUCAACAAGUUUUCGGCGGCUGGCGCCAUUUCUUCUGCCAAUUACUUUGGAGAUGGAGACGAAGAUAUCCAGAACACAGAGGACAUGUCUUCCUUGGCUUCCAUGGCAGCUGGCCGGGGCGCCGAGAUGGCCAGGAACAGCUUCGCCAAGGGUGCCGAGAUGCUGACGGAGUACCUUGCAAAAGUGAGGGACUGAGGGCACAUGUUGCCGACUUCCAAAAGUGCGAAGUGACGUAGCUGUGCCUCGCCUCAGAUAUCAUCAACCCAGAAUGAAGCGUG